AGUUUUAGGACCCAAUGUAGUUAAAGCUAUCAUGGCUUCGGACAAAUCAUUGUUCCUGGGUUUGUUGGCCCUGAGAUUUGUUAAUGCAUUAAUGAUUCAAACACAUUUCGUUCCUGAUGAAUAUUGGCAGUCAUUAGAAGUUGGUCAUAACAUGGCUUUUGGGUAUGGUUAUUUAACUUGGGAAUGGAGAGAAGGCAUCAGGGGAUAUGGAUAUCCAUUAAUGUUUGCUGUCUUGUAUAAAUUUCUCCAAGUUUUUGGUUUAGAUUCAAGAAUAUUAUUGAUAAAGUUUCCAAGAUUAUUACAAGGCGUAUUAGCUGCAAUUGGAGAUUUACACCUUUAUAAACUGUCACGAAAACUUAGUGACACACCAACAGCUCAGUGGACAUUACUAUGUCAAGUUAUUAAUUGGUUUACAUUAUACUGCUGUACUAGAACUCUUACCAAUUCUACAGAAGCUGUAUUAGUUACAGUAGCUUUAUAUUACUUCCCAUGGCCAGGUUAUCCUUCUGGAAGAAAUUCAACAGUGAAGUUUUUAAUUAUGGCAGCAUUAUCUGUAGUAGUCCGUCCUACAGCAGCCAUCAUGUGGAUUUUAUUAUGUUCUUGGCAUUUACAAAGACAACAACAAUCAAGUACAUUAUUUAAAACUCUCAAAUCAUAUAUUAUUGUUGGGAGUGUAACUUUGAGUAUAUCAUCUGUUAUUGACAGAGUAUAUUAUAACAACUUGAUACUAGUUCAGUGGAAUUUUGUCAAGUUUAAUGUAUUAAGUGGUAAUAGUGCAAUAUAUGGUUCCCAUCCUUGGCAUUGGUAUAUAUCACAAGGCUUACCAGUUAUAAUGGCUACUCAUACAUUCCCAUUUCUACUUGGAGCAUGGUAUUCAAGUAAUAAAGCUCUUUUAUGUUUAAUUGUUUGGAAUAUAUUUAUAUACAGCUUUUUACCACACAAAGAAUUUCGAUUUUUAUUACCUAUAUUACCUCUAAGUAUGCAUUACUGUGGCAUAUAUUUUCAAUCAUUGAAAAUACUUCAAAAAACAAAAUUGAAAUCUAAUCUGUCUAAAGCUAAGAUUUUUGUGAUAAUUUUAAUGAUUACAAACAUUCCAUUAGCGUUAUAUUUUAGUUUAAUUCACCAACGAGGAACAAUUCUAGUGACCAAAUAUUUAUAUGAUGAGAGUUUGGAGAAGGAAGUAGACAUAUUGUUUUUAAUGCCAUGCCAUUCCACUCCCUAUUAUAGUUAUCUUCAUCGUAAAGUUAAUAUGAGAUUUUUAACUUGUGAACCAAAUUUAUCAAAAAUUGAGAACUAUACUGAAGAACAAGAUGUGUUUUAUUCUCAUCCCGUCCAAUGGCUAAGAGAAGAAUUUGCAGUAAAGCGCUUACCCUGGCCAAGCCAUAUUGUUUAUUUUAAUACUCUACAACCGUCUAUAAACUCUUACUUGCUACAAUCAGGAUAUAAACUUUGUGAUUCAUUUUUCCAUACACAUUUCCCUGAGGGCCGUGUUGGUUCUCAUGUUAUGGUU